AUGAGAGGCGACUCAGAACCUAUAGCCUUCUACACCAGGUUCGGUUGGGCAGUUCUAGGAGCAACUUCCAGCCCGAGCAAGGUCGAUCCUCUCAAAAAUUGCCAUGCCAUCUCUAACGAAUCUUUUGACAAAGCUUUCACAAAAUUCUGGGUUCAGGAAGAAGUCUCAUCUUCCCCCGCGUCAACCAUGAGUCUCGCUGAAUCGCAAUGCGAGCAGCACUUUGUUGAUACACUUCUCAAGAAAUUUGAAACCGAUGGGCAUUUCAAGGAGACCUACUCUGAUUUCUUUAAAGAAUAUGAGUCUUUAGGACAUAUGGUUCCUGUUCCUCUCGAUGCUCCUGAGCCAUCUCAGGCGUAUUACCUCCCGCAUCACGGAGUUUGGCGCGAACAAAGUCCCUCUACCAAACUGCGGGUAGUUGUUAACGGUUCAGCCAAGUCUUCAACCGGUAUCUCUCUCAAUGAUCUUAUGCACACUGAGCCAAAGACUCAAACGGACAUUUUCGAUGUACUGCUGUGGAUCAGGCAGCACAAGUACAUUUUCAUUACGGACAUUGUAAAAAUGUUUCGCAAAAUCCAAGUGCAUCCCAAAGAUCAUKACCUUCAACGAAUUCUCUGGUCUGACAGCUCGCCUGUCCACUCGUUUGAUGAAAGCACUACCAAGAUCUUAGGCAUCUCCUGGAAUUCUCAGAAAGAUGUGUUUACUUUUCACGGUACAAUCUUAUUCCAUCAAGCCGUCACGAAACGCAUCAUUCUCUCUAAAGUGGCUCAAUUGUUUGAUCCUCUUGGACUCCUCUCUCCGGUAGUGAUCAAGGCGAAAGUACUUAUGCAACGACUCUGGUUGGAAAAGGUUGGUUGGGAUGAUCAUCUCACUCCAGACAUAGUUCACGAGUGGUCCCAGUUUAGGCAACAUCUCUCUCAGUUAUCAGUCACAGAGACUCCCCGAUGGAUAAACCUCUCGUCAAAGGCAACCUCAAUACAGGUUCAUGGCUUCUCAGAUGCCUCUCAACUUGCUAUAGCAGCAGUUGUAUAUCUCAGGGUGUCGUAUGCUGACUCAUCUUUAGUAGUCAGUCUAGUCUGUUCUAAGACGAAAUUAGCUCCUCUCAAGAGGUUAACAAUUGCUAGACUUGAACUCUCAGCAGCGGCUUUGCAAGCCAAGCUGACAAGAAAAGUAAUUAGACUUCUCGACCUCUCGGACGUUCUUACUUUACUGUGGUCUUACUCCUCUGUGACCCUUGCAUGGGUCAAAAACAAUCCUAUGAGAUGGAAGGAAUUCGUAGGCAAUAGGGUUGCCGCUAUUCACGAGUCUGUACCCCAUGCUCAUUGGAGAUUAAUCUCCGGAAAGCUCAAUCCAGCUGACUGUGCAUCUCGUAGUCUCAGUGCAUCUCAACUCAUUGAUCACCCACUAUGGUGGAGUAGUCCACCAUGGCUUUCUCAGUCGCCAGAAUUUUGGCCCUCGUCAAGGCCACCCUCACCGGAAGAGGAUUUGGAGGAACGCCCCGGCAUCUCACUUGCACUCUCACAAGCCCAACCUCUAGUUUGGGACCUCGUUGACCUUCCUCAAUYAUCCUYCUUUCAUCGGCAUCUCACUAAACUACUUCGGAUCACGGCAAUCAUUCAGAGAGCGGUCUGGCGCUUUAAGAAGGUUCCUGGUUCGAGCUUGUCCGCAUCGCCAUUGAAUCCAGCAGAUCUAGAGAAGACAAAAUCGUUCUGGAUACGCGCGACUBAAGAGGCGUAUUUCUCACCAGAAUUGAGAACGUUGUCGGCGGGACAAUCUCUCAACAAAUGUCACGUUCUGACGCGACUCACGGCCUUUUUCAAUCGUGCUGGAAUUCUCAGGGUUGGUGGAUUGCUGCCAAAUUUUUAG